ACAAGCGAGUCAGUGCAAAAUUAGACCGCAACGCGUCGAGUAGCCUGAAACUAAUUCAAGGCGUUAAUUCAAUCCUUGUGUGUUUCAACUGCAUUCAAAACGUCGCGCUUAAUACUAAAUUAACUAAAGCAAUCAAUUAUAUAAAGAGAAGAUAUAAAAAAAAAAGAAAAUUAUAAACAAUUAAUAGCUCUCAAGUCGAACGUUAAAAGUUGAAAGUUCUUUAGCACAAAAUGCCCGCCAACGAGGAACUACUUCAGCUGCAACCGCGCAAUUUGGAAAAUGGUGCCACAAAGGAUAUUAAAGCAACGGCCGAAGAAGAGAAUGCAGCUACGAAACCCAAAGAGCAAUGGGGCAACGAGAUAGAAUUCCUCUUCUCCUGCAUUUCACUAUCUGUGGGUUUGGGCAACAUUUGGCGUUUCCCUUACAUUGCAUUCCAAAAUGGGGGCGGCGCUUUUGUUAUACCAUAUCUAAUAGUUUUGCUUAUCAUUGGGCGGCCAGUCUACUAUUUGGAGAUCAUUUUGGGACAAUUUUCAGGGCGUGGCUGCAUUAAGGCUUUCAAUAUGGCGCCAAUUAUGAAAGGUGUCGCCGCUGGUCAAGUGCUCGCCACGGGCGCCUCAAUCACCUAUUACUCCAGCAUAAUGGCAUUGACUUUACGUUUUCUGAUAGCCUCGUUCUCGAAAGUGUUGCCUUGGAGUUAUUGCCGCGAAGAGUGGGGUGAUAGUUGCCUCAACGAAUCGAUUUCAAUGGCGCAUGCCAGUUCAGCGCACGAGCAGCGCCAAGCAAAAAUGUCAUCAGCGGAAUUGUAUUUUCAAAAAGUGAUAUUACACGAACAAGAAGACAUUUUCAACGGACUAGGAACGCCGAAUUGGGAGUUAGUAGGCUGCUUGGCGGUGGCAUGGUUUAUAAUUGGUGGAGUAUUGAUAAGAGGGGUUAAAAGUUCUGGAAAGGCUGCCUAUUUUCUUGGAGUUUUCCCCUAUGUGGUGUUGCUUGUGCUGCUGCUGCGAGCUGUAACUCUACCCGGUGCCGUGGAUGGAAUUAUUUAUUUCUUCAAGCCUCAGUGGUCGGAACUUUUAAAUCCGUUGGUCUGGUAUGCUGCUGUCACACAGGUAUUCUUCUCCUUAGCCAUUUGCUUUGGCACCUUAAUCACGUAUGCCUCUUACAACAAUUUUUCACGCAAUGUUUACAAAGAUAUUGUCAUAAUUACUACCAUGGAUUCUUGCUCCUCCAUCAUUGCCGGCUGCAUAACAUUCGGCAUAUUGGGCAACUUGGCAUUCAAAACCGGCACACCCGACGUAGCUAGUGUGGUCAAGGGUGGCGCUGGCUUAGCUUUUAUCUCUUACCCCGAUGCUAUCGCCAAAUUUGAAUUCAUUCCACAGGCAUUCGCGGUUCUUUUCUUUUUGAUGUUAUUCGUAUUAGGCAUCGGCAGCACAGUCGGCAUGGGCUCCUGCAUUGUGCGUGUGAUACGUGAUCGUUGGUUGCGCGCACCAAACUGGGCGCUAGCUUUGAGCCUAGCUGUGGUGGGCUUUGGCGUAAGUAUCGUCUAUAUGACGCCUGGCGGGCAAUUUGUGUUGAAUCUUGUGGAUUUCUAUGGUGUGUCGUUUACGGCGCUAAUUCUAGCGAUUGGCGAAUUGUUGGCUGUUGGUUGGGUUUAUGGAGUUAAACGCUUCUGUGCCGAUAUUGAAUUUAUGAUUGGUUUGAAGACGGGCAUUUACUGGCGCAUCUGCUGGGGCAUUAUCACACCUGGUCUAAUGUUGGCUGUGCUGAUUUAUACACUCAUUGAUUUGAAACCGCUGACAUAUAAAAAUGUCGACUAUCCGAACAUUGCGCAUAUUUUCGGCUGGUGCUUGGCUGCCAUUGGACUCAUGCAAAUACCAGGCUGGGCUUUGUAUAACAUUUUGAAACAAACGAAACGUAGCGGGCUGCUUAAUAAAAUGAUUGCGGCUACUUCUCCCACUACAAAAUGGGGUCCUCUGGAGACUAAAAAGCAUGAAGAGUAUGUGAAUCAUCGCCGGAAAUUAGAGCUGCAGACAAGGCAAAAAACAAUUUUACAAAAAGCUUAUGAUAAUAUAUUUGGCUAG